AGGACAACACGAAAAAGGAAAUCUCAAAAUCGGAUUUGGCCCAUUUUAUACGAUCCCCGAAGAAUCGACGGCGAAAAUGGAGGAACAGAAAGACGGCGGCGGCGUGAGCAGUUUGUUCGAUGGAACCGCACACUGGUGGUGGGCAAUCGGAAGCGGAGCCCAAAUCAUGUGGGGAGUGAGAUGUAUUCGGAGAGGUUACGCCGGCGACAUGAGUUUAAUGCCGCUCAAAGCCUUCGGUGUCGCAUCACUCUUCGUCGGCGCGAUUGCCACCACAUCCGUCGCAUUUCUCAGCGCCACGGGGAUCCACUCGGUCCAAGAUGCGAUUGAAAUGGGAGCUAACAUUAGAACGAAUUUGGGGAUUACUCCUCAAAUACCUGAAAAGCAGAUAACCGAGGCGGAUGAUCUAUCAUGAACAAUUUCGAGCUUGGUACUCUAAUCGGAGACGGUCAAGGAACAGCUCUCCGGUAGUUUCCAGCAUUCAUGGGAACGGUGUUCUUAGUUGCUGCGAGCGAUUCGUGUAUGUCUAUAUAGUUCGACAGAACUCUGUUCGUGUUUGUCUGAAAAAAAUUUCGGUUUCUUUUUUGGGGAAAGGGAAGAGAGAACUGUCAUAAGCUAUAGCUGAUGUGGUAAAGACUUGUAUUGCUCGAUCUCAGUUUUUCUUUAAGGUUCAAUAAUGUUACCAAAUAUUAACGAACGACUCUCAGAAACACCACAAUCAAUUUGGAUAUCAUAAAGCAUAGAUUUGUAUAGACUUAUUUU